AUGAAGUCGAAAAACAGGAGGCUUCCUGUAACAGGUAUAGGAGGAUAUACGAGGAGUGCAGCUGGAGGAAGGAAGAUAAACGGCUAUUACCGCAGUGAAGGAAAUGGAAGAUCCCAACAGGGAGAAUGGCUUCAGGGAUCAGGGGAUGAAGAUGCAAGACGCUGCCUUGAUUCACGAGGCUGUGUCAAUGAUGCGUGUAGUCGAGGCACUGCUUCGUGCAACGGUGGCACUGGUUCGUGUAACGGUGGCACUGGUUCGUGCAACGGUGGCACUGGUUCGUGCAACGGUGGCACUGGUUCGUGCAACGGUGGCACUGGUUCGUGCAACGGUGGCACUGGUUCGUGCAACGGUGGCACUGGUUCGUGCAACGGUGGCACUGGUUCGUGCAACGGUGGCACUGGUUCGUGUAACGGUGGCACUGGUUCGUGUAACGGUGGCACUGGUUCGUCCAACGGUGGCACUGCUACGUGCAACGGUAGCACUGGUUCGUGUAACGGUGGCACUGGUUCGUGUAACGGUGGCACUGGUUCGUGCAACGGUGGCACUGGUUCGUGCAACGGUGGCACUGGUUCGUGUAACGAUGGCACUGUUUCGUCCAACGGUGGCACUGCUACGUGCAACGGUGGCACUGCUUCGUGCAACGGUGGCACUGUUUCGUGCAACGGUGGCACUGCUACGUGCAACUGUGGCACUGCUACGUGCAACGGUGGCACUGCUACGUGCAACUGUGGCACUGCUUCAUAG